GUGACGGCGCGUGCGCGGGGCAGGGCGGCGGCGGCCGCUCGGAGUUAGGGGUCCGUCCGUGCCGCGCCACUGCCGUGGUGACAUGAUCCGAAACGGGCACGGGUUGGCGGGCGGCGCCGAGCAGCCGGGCCCGGGGAGCAGGCCCGCCGUGCGGGUGUGGUGUGACGGCUGCUAUGACAUGGUACAUUAUGGCCACUCGAACCAGCUGCGCCAGGCACGGGCCAUGGGGGACUACCUCAUCGUGGGCGUGCACACCGACGAGGAGAUCUCCAAGCACAAGGGGCCCCCAGUGUUCACGCAGGAGGAGAGGUACAAGAUGGUGCAGGCCAUCAAGUGGGUGGACGAGGUGGUGCCGGCGGCGCCCUACGUCACCACGCUGGAGACGCUGGACAAGUACAGCUGCGACUUCUGUGUCCAUGGCAAUGACAUCACCCUGACUGUGGACGGCCGGGAUACCUACGAGGAAGUGAAGCAGGCGGGGAGGUACAGAGAGUGCAAGCGCACCCAGGGCGUGUCCACCACGGACCUCGUGGGCCGCAUGCUGCUGAUGACCAAGGCCCAUCACAGCAGCCAGGAGAUGUCCUCGGAGUACCGGGCGUACGCAGACAGCUUCGGCAAGCCCCCUCACCUGACACCUGCCAGGGAGAUGCUUUUCUCAGAAGGUUCCUCCCAGUGCCCAGGGGGGCGGAACCCCUGGACCGGGGUGUCCCAGUUUCUGCAGACGUCCCGGAAGAUCAUCCAGUUUGCCUCUGGGAAGGAGCCGCAGCCGGGGGACACGGUCAUCUAUGUGGCGGGUGCCUUCGACCUAUUCCACAUCGGGCACGUGGACUUCCUGGCGAAGGUGCAUGGCCUGGUGGAGAGGCCCUACGUCAUCGCCGGCCUGCACUUUGACCAGGAGGUCAACCACUACAAGGGCAAGAACUACCCCAUCAUGAACCUGCACGAGCGGACCCUGAGCGUGCUGGCAUGCCGGUAUGUGUCGGAGGUGGUGAUCGGGGCCCCCUACGCGGUCACCGCAGAACUCCUGGACCACUUCAAGGUGGACCUGGUGUGUCACGGGAAGACGGAAAUUAUGCCUGACAAGGACGGCUCCGACCCGUACCAGGAGCCCAAGAAAAGGGGCAUCUUCCGUCAGAUCGACAGCGGGAGCGACCUCACCACGGACCUCAUCGUGCAGCGCAUCAUCAAGAACAGGCUGGAGUAUGAGGCUCGGAACCAGAAGAAAGCGGCCAAGGAGCUGGCCCUCCUGGAGGCCAUGAGGCAGCAGGAGGAGCCGCCCGCGCGGGGGGGCCACAGCGCCUGAGGGAGGACGUCUGGAAGCCCGGCUUCCUGCGCCCCCCGCGGCUCACAUGGUUCUGAGAGCUGCAGCCCCAGACCAGGCGGCCCUGGAAGGGCUGGAGAGGGCGUUCCUGCCUCCCCCUCCCUGCACGGCGCCCCUUUACAGCAGGCCCUGCACUCCCGCUAGGCUGCACAGAGGGGCCAGCUUUGUGGAGGGCACCUCCCCCCAGGGGCCACCGCCCUGCGUGCCUGAGGAGGCCGCUUCCCUCCGCCUGCUGCACUGCUGGGCCCCCAUCGCACCCGCAGGAGGCGCCCAGCUCGGUGAGAGUCCACUUGAGGGACAGUGACCCGAGGGGCCGCGCCUGUCCUCGUGCAGCCAGGCUGCCUCCUGCACGGCGCCUCCGCCUGCACUGUCCUGGUGUCCUGAGCGGCUCCUGGACCCACGCCUGCUCCCAGGCCGCCUUCUGCUCCCCCGACUCCUCCACUUUGUGCAUAAUUGGCUGAUGUGCAACCGAAUAAACCUGGUGGGAGGUG